UUGUAUUUGCCUCCAAAACUCACAACUGUUUUGGCCUUUGAUUUCAGUUCUUACAUUCAUCAUUUUACAUAUAUUUUGACUUGGGACUUUCUUUUAAAUGAUAUGAAAAAACUAGCAAACAAUCAAGCCCAAUAUGUACAGAUAAAAAACUCCAAUAAACAAGGUUUUUUAAAUGAUAAAAGACAUAUGAAUCCAAAUAAGUACCAUGACUGACCAACUCCAUUUUCUUGUAAGGAGCACACUCUGCAGUGUGAUUGCUCAUUUAACUGAAGAAACACAGCCGUCCUUUGAAGCUACCCUGAAGUCAAAAGCUGUGUCCGAAAAUUCAAACGUGAAGUUUUCCUGUGUGGUUAGAGGAUACCCGGCCCCUCAGGUUACGUGGUAUAAAGACGACAUGCAGUUGGAUAGAUACUGUGGACUUCCUAAAUAUGAAAUAUUCCACAAUGGACAAAAUCAUUCCCUGCAUAUUUACAAGUGCACUGUGGAGGAUGCAGCUAUAUACCAGGCCUCAGCCAUCAACAGUAAAGGUAUUGUUUCCUGCUCUGGUGUUCUGGAGGUGGGUGAGAUGAACGAGUUCAAAAUCCACCAGCGUUACUUUGCCAAGGUCAAACAGAAGGCUGAGAGCAGACGCAGGGAAGCAGAAGGCAAAGAAAACCAGGAGCCACCACGAACCAUGAGUCCCGAUCGUACACAGAGGAAACGCCGCUCGACAAUGGAGGCUUUUCUUAGCACACCAAGCUCAAUGGAGGAUGAUGGUAACGAGGAGAACCAUCAAGCUGUUGUUCUAGAGACAAAGCCCAGGUUACAAGGGGCCCCUGGGGAGGAGGUUAAAGAAAAGCCAGUCCCAAUCCCUAAUGGCACAAUGUCUAGUUUAUCUAAAGGAGAACCUGUUAAUAAUAUUGGCAGUAAGGCUGAGAAAUGUUUAUAUGACGCUCCCCAGAAGAUUUUUACGACACACCAAACAAAAGCUCCCUUUAUCAAGAAAAAGAUUAAAAUUUCCAACAGUGCAAAAGCUGGAAAAGCAGACGGUCUAGCAGAGAGAGUGUCUGAGGAGAGAAGGCUGAAAGAUGAGCCCUCGGUCUCUGCAGCUCUGACCUGUAAAGAGUCAGUCCAGAUCCAGAGGAAUUCAGAUGAGAUUAUGGAAGUAGAGAUUAUUUCUAGUUCAUCAAUUACACAUUCAGAAGUGACAAACAUGAUAAAAGAAGAUCAGAAAUCUGCAUCAGAGGUGGCAGUGUUUCCUCAAAGGCCGUCACAGGGUGAAAAGAUAUGUACAGAGGUAACAGUGGCUUCAAAGAAAGAGCAACUCACUGUGCCACUGUCCCCUGUUGCUUUUGCUUCUUCACGCCAUCCUGGGUCAAAAACCGAAGGUGAAAAUGCUGCAAAACAUGAGCCGGAAAUUGGAUGUAAUGGUACAGAAGAAAGUUUGAAAAGACAACAGCAAAUACCUUACAUUUCCUCAACACAGCCACUGUCAAGUGUUAGAUCAACACUCCUAACCAAAUUAAAAGAGGACAUUCAUGCAACAAUCAUGGAUGGUGAUGUAAAGACAAAGCCUUCAGUUGAUGGAUCUCUAGUCCACGAACACAGUGAGUCAGUGGAUACACCUUGUGACAGCAGGACUGCUUUAUUUCAGCAUCCAUGUAAACCGGCUGGACACCAGCUGUCUAAGAAGGAAACAAGCCACAGCCAAAAAAAGGGGCCUGCGUCUCAACUACCCACGCCAAGUGAGGUUACACAAGAUCCCACAAAGAUGAACAGGAAUGAUGCACCUGUCAGCCUUGAGCUACCACCAGACCAGUGUAUGGUCAGCUCGCGACAACAAAAGACUGCAAUAGAAAGGCCGACCAUGGCAGAUGACAUCCAGACCCCUCUUUUGCAUAGUGGUUUUAAAACAGCCAUUGACACAAUGACACAGGACGCAUGGGAUCAUUCCAAGGCAUCAAAUGAAGUUCUUUCCACAAAAGUACAGAAGUCACCCCUCAAAAGCCCUGUCAGUGGUGAGAACGCUUUAGGGUGUAAUAUUUCGCUCAGUAUCCUGGAGAGUCAAGUUAACACAACUAUAAAAGCUGUUGAAGGGACAGAAAUACAACAUGAUGAGAAGGCAGAGCUCACUAAGUUGUUGGUUGAGAGUGACAAUCCAAAUGAGAAGAUAGUUAAGAUGGAAACUGAAACUGCUGCUGUAAAUGUGACUGAACAAACGAAAACAGAAGAGAGCAAAGAUGCAAGGAACAAAUACACUGGAGGAAUCAUUGUGGAUGCACCUUGCAAUGAAACUGGGCAGAAAGAGCACAUAUCAAAAGUGGUGAAGAAAUCUAGUUUAGACUUAAAACCUUUGAUGGAAGAUAUAAAUGACACCUCUCCCUGGCGCUUAACAAAAAGCACAGAGAACACAACCUCAGUAGAACACAUCAAAGGUUUUCAAGAAAUUUCAAAACCUGAAACAAAAAUAAUUUCUAUUGCUGAACUUUUAAGAUCACAAAUAAAAGCUCUUGAAUCAACAUUGGCUAAUCCAGUAUCUGACAUACCACCCCAUUCUAACUUUCUACAAAAUCAGAGUGUAACAGCAAGGGCACGCCAGGAAUUAGUACAAGAUAACAGAACGCUGGAGGUGAAAAAGUUCAUGCCUAAAAGAGAAAAUAAGAAAGGCGUUGACGAGUCACCCCCCACAACCAUAAAGGCAACACUUAUGGAGGUUUAUCAUCAACUUCAUAAAACAGACUACGAGCAAUCUAAGACUCAAAGUGCAACAUCACAGCCUCUUCAGGCUCUUUUGAUGCCACCCAUCUCUGCUAUAGACAGUGGAACAAAUAACGUCAUGGCAGGACUUCACGGAAGUGUUGAAAAAUAUAAUGGAGGUGCCAUGGAUAUUGGCAAGGAAAUCCAACUUUCAAUUCUAGUUCAGCCAGAAAAUUGUUCUGUUGUUGUUUCUCAACAAACAACAGCCAAACUAAAUUUUCCCUCUUUAACUUCUGAAGUCAAACUGAUCAGUACACUUUCAAAUCUAUCUGGAACUGCCAGUCAGGAACCCGAGUCUCCACUUACAGUGACAAAUAAGAAGCAAAGUAUUCAAGAGGCAAAUAUAAUAAAUUCGGAGCGUACCAAAGAUGAACAUGUUCAAGGCAAAGACGUGCAAUUCACACAAAAGUUAACUCCAGAAAUUAAGCUCAGCAGCACAAAUGAAAGGGAUUUGACAACAGUUUCUGAUCAGUGCAAAAUGGAAGAGCAGUACACAAAUACAAGUUCUUUGCAAAGUAAUGAAAGGUUUCACUCUGAAACUGAGUCUAACACUCAAGGGAAUAAUCUUCCACUUAUUCUCAAGGAGGUUAAGGAAGGUUUACCGUCAGACUCCACAGCCAAUCAAACUGCAGAACCUAGCCCAUCAUUGAAGAAAAGAAACUGUGUUUCUCCCAUCCCUUCUGCUACUCCACAAGAGCUGGCCUCUGGGGCUCGCCGCAAAAUCCUAACACCCAAGGCCAAACCUGAAGAGACCACAGAGGUCACAUCAGCAACUGAAAACCAGACUCUGAAAAGGGAAGCAUCUACGCAGAGCAGCAAGCUUUCCACAACUGCUGUGGCCCUCUCUGUAUCUCCAAGCGUGUUACGACGGUCAUCUGCACUUCAGCCCACAGGUGAACAAACCUCUCUACUAGAAAGGUGUUCACCCAUCUUGAGCAGAAAGAAGAUGGCAUCAGAAACACCCAGCCAGCUGCCUGCUGAGGAGAUUCAAACUGAAAGGAAACCUGAAGAGAAGGACAAGCGUAACCCAUUCAAAGCUCCUCAAGUUAUCCGUAAGAUUAGGGCUGAAACUUUUGCAGAUGCCUCUGGACACUUGAAACUGUGGUGCCAGUUUUUUAACAUUCUCAGUGACUCGACUAUUAAAUGGUACAAAAAUGAGGUGGAGAUUACUCAGGUUAAAAGAAAAGCAGGGGAUGAAGCCCAGGUCAAUCUUGCCAUUGUUCAGGCGUCUUCCAAAGAUGCCGGUGUUUACGGAUGCUCAAUCACAAAUGACUAUGGGACAGACUCCACAGACAUUCUGCUCAGUGCAGAUAUCUUGACUGGACUGUCCAUACGCGAGGACCUUGGGGUUGGGGAGGAAAUCGAAAUGACACCCCUAAUAUUCAGCAAGGGAGUGGCUGAUUCUGGUGUCUGGGGCAACAAAUUCUUUGGUCGCAUAAUGAUGAAGGAAUCUCAUAUUGGAGAUGGCUGUUCUCAUAAAGUCUGGAGGGCAAAAGUCAUCUACGGUCUGGAGCCUGUGUUUGAGUCUGGUAACACAUGUAUCAUUAAAGUAUGCAACCCCAUCGCUUAUGGAGGCAAAGAGGACAGCUGUCUUAUAGAUGCAAACCUGGACAUCAUGAAGCAGGAAUGUAAAAUUCAGAACUUGGCUCGGGAAUACUGUAAAAUCUUUGCUGCAGAGACAAGAGUUAUAGAAAACUUUGGUCCCUCUCUUGAGGUGAUUCCAGUCUAUUUGAUGUACCGACCAGCAAACGCUGUACCAUACGCCACAGUGGAGACAGAUCUCACAGGAGUGUAUCAGAAAUUCUCUGACCUGGACUAUACUGGCAGAAUAGACAUGAGGACUGGCUCUGAGGUGGAGCAGAAGUGCUGUACCCUGCAGCACUGGAUCUUUCAGUGGACCAAUGGAAAUCUGCUAUUCACUCGACUUGAAGGUGUUGACACUAAGAUCACCGGUGUUGGAAUUUCAGUCAAAUCAACAGGGCAUCAAGGUUUAUCUAUCGAAGCGAAUCCCAAAGUUUUUGAACAGUUUGUCUCUCAGCACAAGUGUAACUACUUUUGUGGUCUACUUGGCCUGCGGUCACUGAAAGUUAUGGACUCUUUGCUGACACCAGCAAAGCCAAAGAGCUCCAGGAGUCCCUUGCUUCAGCGCAAGAUGGCUGCAGGCUCCUCCAGCCCACAGACUGGGAGGAAAGCUGCUGGUAGCCCUAGACUGUCGAGGAAGACUGAGCAAGAAGGAAGCAAGAUGGCAACAAAACAGAAAGCUGCUGAUGCUCCCAAAACAAUGAAAAUGGCAUAGAAUAAAUAUCUCUUAAUGAGACGUGAGAUGUUGGAUAUAUUCACAGCAAGCCCAGGAAGGGCUUGUGGAAUGAUAGAAGCCUGCUGGUACCUUAUUAGAAAGUAUAAAUCUUACAGAGACAGGAAAAGAUGUUUAUUAAUGAUAUAACUUUUUACUAUUAACAGCCAUCAUUCCUUGCUAUUUAAUGUGGACUUAGGCAUUUAUCUAGUGUAGCAAAUCCUAGGGCUAAAGCUGUUCUGUAAAGAAAUGCAUUAAGCUUUUGUUCUAUUCAUCAAAUACCAUAGGUUACUGAUUGUGGAUGCCUCUCACAGGUCAGUGUAUUCAUCCUAUAUGAAUGUCAGACACUUUGGACUGAAGUGGAAUUGUGUUCUAUGUUGUCUAUGUGUAAUUCUCAACUUUACUCUUUUGUGGUCACAUAAAUGAAGUCAAGAAGAAAAAUGGAAGCAGGAUAUGCAUUAAGCCGAUCGACCUGAUCUAACACAGGGAGGUCACACUUACCUUUUACAACAUUCUCAAAAAAGGUUUAUUUCAUAUGCAUUGAUCAUCGCAAAGAAACUGAUCCUGCAGCUUUGGAAAGGCAAAGAGGUUCCUGUGUUAAAGAUGUGGCUUGCAGAGCUUACAAAUACUCUUCACCUUGAAAAAAUAAGAUAUACCAUGAAUGGCAAUGUGAAAGAUUUUGAACUAAUUUGGCACCCUUUACUUGCAUAUCUUGGGAAAAUAUAAAUUUUUGGCAGUCGGGGGACCGGGGCUCCUAGUGGGUGUUUUUUGGGGGUUUUUUUUGUUUUGUUUUGUCUGUUUUGUCUUGUUUUGUUUAGAGAAAAAGGGGGCAUAAGUUCUAUUAAUUUGUAACAACUGUGAUACUUGCUUCUAAUAAAAGAUAUUUGAAACAGGAUAUGCAUUAAGCCAAUCACGCAAUGCAGGUUUUAAAGGCUGAGAGUAACCAGCCAGUUUUCUCUUUCAGGAAUAUCAAGCCAAAUGCAGCUGUUCACGUGACACUGUUGUACAGUGGCUAACGGUGCUGUGCUUUUAUAUUAUAACCUGACAUGUUUACUUGCUACUGUAAUUUGCACUGCAUUUUUAGAAAUUGCACAUUUGAAUGCAACUGGCUGCACAAUAAAAGAUAUGAUCUUGUA